AUGGCUAGAUCGAGAAGGCGAAGAGUUAGCUGCCAUGGAAGAAGAAUUUCGCAGCAAUCCACAAGAUCUAUUUCAAUCACAAUGUCCCAAACUGAUUACGUCAACGGCCAAAUAACGAACAACGAAAAUCCAAAGGCUGAAGAAUCGGAAGAGUCUGAAGACGAUGAACUACCCAUUUUGCCCAGACAAUUCAUUCCCGAUUCAGAACUUUCUCCACAAUAUUGGUUCCUGCUCAAAGUCGUCAAAUACAUCAAGUUUGGAAGUCCUACAGCAACGUUACUAGCGCUUUGCGGCCUGAACCGCUACGAUCUCACCCUUCCUAUGUGCCAGCAAGCUUUGGAGAAUUCGGAGGCAGUUGAUGUCCUCAUCAACGUUUUGGAAGCUGAUGACCACAAGUGUAAAGUGGCUGCCUUAAGAGUAUUACAAAAUAUGGUUAAGAUUCAGCAUUUCCAGCGAUUGUUAGUCAUGAAAUCCGGUAUCGCCACGGUCGUAAAGCUCCUGUCAGAAGCAGAACCAGACGUCCGGUGUCUGGCCGCUGGUACAUUAGCGCACGCUGUUAACAAUCAUCGUUCCAGAAUGCUUACCCGUAAAGCUGGUGCUGUUCCUCUGUUGGUAGAUUUGCUAGAUAUUCAAAAUGCGCCGGUGGUCGUGACAACGGACGAGUUCAAUUUGAAAGCUGCAACCAAACAGAAAAUUCAAGCGGCUACUGCGGCUGCCAAAGCAUUACGAUCGUUAAGUUACAGCUCGUCGGCACGUCGUGAUAUGUACCUUGCAGGAGGAAUUCCGCUUUUGACGAGGCUGACUCUUUCCGUUGGAGGUGUGCAUCGAGAGUACCCACAAGCAACUUCUUCGUCUCUGACACACCAUCGAGCUCCUUCGGUAGCGAGUACUACCACUGGUCAGCGGCCUUCUGUUAAUGUGAAAUCAAGGUUAACUAGUAGAAGAGCCAUGGCGGCUUCUGUGUAUUCGGAUUCCGAGUUGGAUUUUGAGCUCCUAACGGCAGUUAAUGGAGUCAUCCACCAGUGUGCGGCUGACGAUAUCUUCCGGGCGUCAGUUAGGGCUGACAUGUUACUCGGCCAACUGUUACGUCACAUGCGUUACGACUGCGAAACACUGCAAACACUUUGCGCAUCCACCAUUGCUCACUUUGCCGAAGAUGAAACAAAUCGCCGGGUUUUGACGCAACUGAAAGCAACAGAAACGAUCGUUUGGGUUCUUAAACAAGGAGAAUACCAACUGCAGAUGGCUUCCAAUUACACCAUACCACGUAGCAGGCCAGAAGACGAGCAGCCAUUAGAACUGCAAGUUCAAAUCGAUCGGCCAACAUCUCACGUUGAGGAAAAACAAGUGGAAAAACCGCAAGUUAACAUAUCGCUACUAAAGGCUGUUUCAACUGCUGUAUGGAAAUUAUCUCUCUCACCUGAAGCUCGUGAUCGAUUCAGACAGCUGGGCAUAGUUCGCAUCUUCAUUCGUCAUUUGAAUCAAUCUACAGAAGAGGUCCUUUUGCCAAUCGUUAGCAGCAUUUCAGUGAUUGGAACAGAUCCAGAGAGUCUAGCCUUACUCCGUACAGAGCGUGCAGUGCCACGUUUCGUAUGGUUACUUUCGGGAAAUCACCCGGGAUUGUUGUCAGCUGCAGCACUGACUAUGGCAAACUUGACGGCUGAUUUAGACGCUCUAGAACUUUUGGAAACCAUUGAUGCAGCCAGACUUUUGUGGUCACUUUUAAAGCAUCCAUCCCCAGUAGUCCAGGCUGGUGCUGCUUCAGCCAUUGCUGCGUUCUCCGAACGCUCAAAAAGAGCGGGGGAAGUCGCUCGUAGUUUGGUUGGAGGAUUGGAACUUUUAGUAAGUCUCCUUCGAGCCCCGGAACUGGAAGUGGUGACAGCGGCUGCUGCAGCUGUGGCUCGAAUGGCAACGGAAGAUGAGACGCUGGCCGUCCUUUCUGACCACCAUGUUGUCACCCUUCUAGCAUCGCUAGUUAGACAUAAAAAUCGAGAUUUAAAGUUACGCGUGGCCGAAGCGAUUGCAGAGUGUUGUCGAUGGCCAGGUAAUCCAGCUCAACUUGGUCAAGGUGGUGGAGUUAAGCCACUUAUUGGCUAUUUACGAUCGAGCCAUCUAGAUUUAAGAAGGGCGGCAGCUAAAGCUCUUCAUCAGGUCUCGUCUGAUCGCGAAAAUUGUUUCAUUCUUCAUCAUCAUGGAGCUGUCAUGCUAUUGCUGAAGUUGGUUGGAUGUGGCGACGUUGAAAUUCAAUCGGCUGCAGCAGGAUGUUUGAGCAACAUUCGAAAUUUCAUACACAACGCCUGAAACGUUUGCAACCAUUCACAUUAGUCUUAAGACAAAAUAUUAUACUGCUAAAGUAGAAAACGAAUUACACACGUGCGAACGUCA